UCUCCCCAUGGAAAGCACUCUAGCUCAACAAAACGUAUUUUUGCAGCACUUCAGAAUGAUAUUACUACUUUUUACAUACUUCAAUAACAUUUAAAAUUCCUUAAUUCGAUAUUUCAGUAAGAUUUUUCUCCGCUGAUUUUAAGGCACAUGAAGUGUUCAGCACCUUUGCACGUGCCUUACGGCCCAGCUCUGCUCCUGGUUCAGUCACCAGUGUCCAGGCACAUGAUCCCAUCAUUGCAUGGAGCAUGAAGGAUGGCAUGGAGCAGGGUGCUGCUUUCUGUACUAUUUUUUAUAACAGAGUGGGAGUUGCAAAAAACCAGGAGUAACGCCUACGCUGUUUGUGUCUACUCUCGUUCUUAUCUCUAUUUCACAGUCAGUAUGUUUCACAACUUUAAAAUAUGCCUUAAAUAUUAAGAGGGGGGGAAAGUUACCAACAGUGUGCUUCCAGCAUCUCCCUUGCAGAACCAGAGGUUCGCAGGGAUCAGCUUUCUGCACGUGGCACAUUCCUAAGUCCAGCAGUGGGGGGGAUAAAAAUCCCUUGGUGGGCAUGGCCUGGAGAAGAUGGCAGGCACAGGUAUGCUGGGUAAGUGCAAGCUGGCUUGUUUGGGAAGCAGGUCACUUUUUUGGACCCACCAAGCUGUGACCACCCUUCCUUCAGAUCCAGGUGCUGGGACGCUGCCGGGUAUGGAUGAUCCCGGCCCACGGGGGAUGCACGCCCACGAUGGGCACAGCUACAAGGUAUUUUCUCACAGCACCAAUGAGCAGCUUCUGGGCUCUGCCCUUCUGGCCAGGAGCCUGAAUGUGAAGUAAUUUUGGCUGCCAAACGUCCGUAUUUAAACUCUCUGUAAUUAUUCCCCCAGAAGCGCGUUCCCACGUGGAGAAGCAGCAGCCCUGGUGGAGGCAUUCUCUGACUCAGCAGAAAUCGCUGGAGAAACAUCUGCUCGGGGAUGAAAGCUGCAGUGCACAGGCAAAGGGGCAGGUACAGAGCAUUCAUGUCUGGCAAUGGUGAGAGAUGGGUUACAGGCCUGGCAGACACCUGGCCCCACCACAAGGAAAGAAGGAACCCGAAAUCCUACUAAUAGCAGAAGAUAAAUAGUUCAGAAAGAAGACGAAUCUGGGGCAUGCCAUCUACUGAAAGCAGAGGAGGACUGUAAGGAUCUGCCUAUCCUGCUGUGCUUGAAGGAGUUUUGGCAGUCAAUGCAUCUGCCAAUGGAACGUUUUUCAUCCCAUGGCAUACCUGUGCAACUGGAGUGAGGAGAGAGCACAUCCUUUGUGCCACUGAAUCAUGACAGCUGGUGCAGCCCAAGCCCUUGAGAAACAGUUGAGCCUGCAGCAUCCUCAGGGAUGUGCUGCUGACACAGGUUUCUUCUUCAGGUCCCUCAUGUCUUGAGAAAAAAAGAGUUCCGGUCCUGGGAAAAAGGAAGAAGGCCAAACACAGGAGCAUCCAGAGUAACCUGCCAUGGGGUUGUUUGUCACGUGGGUGGUUUGGGGGCCAUUCCCACAUGCCAGGCUGCAGAAGGCAGCUGCUGUGCCCGGUCUGCAGGUGGUAUCUGGCACCAGAGCACCCCAGCCCUGCAAAGCUCCCAGGAGACACUGUGUUAUUCAUGGAAUGCUCUUGAGAAGGAUGACCAGCCUGGGCAGCAGAACACCUGCAGAGCUGGCCAAAACACUGUGAAAAGGAAGGGAAGAGCCUUCCCUCGAGAGUUUGAGCUCACAGACUUGAGCAGGGUGAACAGAUGGGCUGUGGUGCAAGGCCAGGUGAUUUCUUCUGCAAGACAAGUUUAAGUCCUGAUGUCAGUGGUAAAGUGAUGCACACCCUGGCAUUUCUUGCAUUAAAUCCUGGAGCUGCUCACCACACUCACAGAGACUGAAACCCCUUUUUCCUGUGUCUACAGCAAGUAUAUCCCCGGUUCCACCUGGAGAAUAUCCAGCUUCCACAUCAGGAGGGUGCUGCUGGCUGGAAAGAGUGGAUGCUCAAGUCUGCAUUGAUUUCAGCUCUCUUCACAGCUGCCUCUGCAAUGCCUGGGCAUGCUUUGCCAUGCAGAACAUGCAUUUUGCACAGCAGAUCCUUUCAUAAGUGUGGAGUUACAGACUUCCUGAAAGAAGAUGUGGAUAUCUCAAGAAAAACAUUCCUAUAUCAUCUGACUUCCUAUGGCCUAGCAGACAGAGUGGUUACACAAUUUAGAGAGGGAUGGAGACAACAGCUAAUUAAAGUUUGGAAGCCAAGCUGUUUGAUUUGUUUUGAGCUCUUGGACUCCUCAAAUUAUUUCAGGUGUGAGCCAGGUCUGGCAUUAGAUGAGCAGAUGGGCUUUAUGACUCCCUGGAUGCAGAGAGGCAGAUUAAGAGAAUGAGGCUUUCCAAAAACAGGAGCAUAACUUUUGCCUCGUCAGAAGCUCCCACAUUUGCUGGCUGUGGAGAACCCUGGAUGAUGUUUGGGAGCAGAGCGGGCUCCUCCUUGUGUAAAGGGUGGUGGAGCUGCAAAAGCACACUCCAACACUCAUUCAAGAGUACUGGGGAGCAUCUGGGGGGACACAGUUUUUGUGGAAGAAUUCAUAUGGUGGGUUAUCACUAAACUGAUGGCUCUUUAUUGUGGAAAAUGGGUUCUCCCUCUCAAAUGUGCUGCAGAGAAACACCAGUCUAGGAGAGGGAGACAAAAGCCACUGUUUGGUUAUUGAAAAAAUUGCUGUACCCCUCGAUUUACACCCUGGAUGCUGCUGGAAAACCCCGCUAUGGGAUCAGCUGUGGUCCUCACGGCAUUAUGGGAUGGACCUGGGCACGUCCUUGCUGGCGUCUGUAAGGAGUCCCCUGCCCUGCUGGGAACAGGCAGCAGCAGCGACCCGUCACCAGGCUGAGCUGCCUCCCUGCAGAAAAUGAGGUCGUUUGGGGACACUCGGAAAACUUCUCGAAAUCUGGGUGAAAAAGGCAAUAUCUCCAAAUAAGGUGUGAAUGAAGAAUCCCAUCGGAUCGGGCUCCCAGUUCUCCAGCGGGCGUGCAGGGACCUCUUGUGGCAGCUCGAGUCCCCGCUCUUCUCUGCGGGUUCCUUUGGGACAAGCCUGGACGACAAGCCUGUGGCAUGUGGCUGAAUAUUUGGCCUGAUUUGGUGUCAAGGGACUUGUUUGUAACUGGGCUUGGAAGUCUCCAGUUCCAAAACCGCCCCCGGUUAAUGCCAUUGCUGCAGAGGAAGGAAGACAAGGAGAAAAGGCUGGAAACAGGGCUUGUAAGAAACCACAGCUCAACGGGAAGUCCUGGUAAAAUUAAGUAAAAUCUGGGCUGAAAUGAUCCAAAAAGUACUUUGCAUGUAGCUGUUGCCAGUGCUCCAGCAGUGGGAUCAAAGUUCCUGAACCAGAGGCUCAAUCAAUCACGGUUUAAAUUCCUUCCAUGCAGAAGUGGUAGGUAAAAGCUCUCCAGUCUCCAGAAACAUUUUAACUAUUCCUGUUCCCGAUCCGAGCCAAACCUUCAUCUUUAGAACUACAACACUGCGAAUGGAGGAGCCUCUGGGGCAAACGGGGCCGGGCUUUCAGGUGCUCCACGGUCUGGGAUUUUCCCUGAAGGCAGGUGAAGGGCAGAGCUGUCUCCACGGAAAAGGGCAGUCGAGAAUUUUGAGGCUAAAGUACCGCAGAUGACUUCUCAUUCGGAAAUCAGCUCUCUGCAAUUUUAUACUCAAUUAAUUGUGAAAUGAUUUUUCUCCUCGGUGCCCUGAGCAGCCCGGCACGUCUCCAAGGCAUGUCUCUCUUUCCUCAGCAUAUCUUAUGCUAACAGAAAUGUCUUUGCAUUUGGUCUUCUCAGUAACAGAUUAGCCUACGUGAUCCUUCAGGUCCUAAUACACGAGAUUAUUUAUAAUCCCCCGAGCACUCAGGGCUGCAGAUUACUCCAGGCAGUGUCUCCCUGCCAUGUAACUGUUAUGAAAUUACAUUGUCUUGCUCGGCUUUUAAGCAAAUUUCUGCAGCAUGAACAGAUGUUUUUCUAUCAGUUGAGAUUGUCAUAGAAUCGUUUAGGCUGGAAAAGAACCUCACCCCUCUCCUGAUCUGAUUUAGUUACUCCCCUCCUCAGUGCAAUUACUCGCAGAUGUUUUAGUGUCCGUCACCCCAGAGCCAGGACAGCGACUGAAAGCUCAGGCACCACACGUUUCUGUUUCAGCAAAGAGGAAGUAGAAGAUUUCAUCCAAAAUUAAUACCUCAGAGGAGAGGCAGAGUUUGACAUUAAUCGGUGUGUACACGGUGACUCAUCCUGCCGGCAGAAUGGAAGCGAGGGCUGUGCAGCAGCUUCUGGUGGAGACAUCAAAAAGCAACAGGGGAGCGAUCAAAUUACGGGAAGCUGGAAAAGCAGCGUAGUCGUAGGGUAGAACUAAAACUGUGGCUACGGGAUCGUGAAUUCCCACAAUCCCCAGACGGCAGAGGUGGGGUACCCCAGGCGUUGGGGAGCUCCUCUCGCGACGAGACACGGGACAUGGGGGAUGGAGGAUAACAGGGCUGUGGGCAGAGCAUUAUUUUGGCAGGGCAAUCAGAUAUUUUUCUUUGCUUGGUGUGCGAUCAGCCCCGGUAGUGUGGUCUGUGGGGAUCCUGACUCAGGGUGAGAGGUUUGGAAACCUCCAGCCCAAGGAAACGGUGACGGGCAUCACCUGCCGGGGAUGCUUUGGGGUGAAGGACGCGGCCGCAGCACCUCAUGGGUGAGACGUCUGGCCAGCCGGUGUCACCGAGGUGGAGGAGGAACCUCAGGGCAACGAGGAAAGUGUGCCCAGCUCCCGCACAGCGACAGGACACGUGUGCCCCGCUCCGUGCCACGCUCCCAGCCGGCUUUUGGGCUGGCGCCGCUUCUGCCGUGCGAUGCCGGGGAAGGCUGACGCACCCCCGGGGGCUUAAUUCCAGUCUCCCCCCUCCCCUCGUCCCAUGCCCCGAGGGGAAGCGCUGCCGCUGCGUGUCCGCAUCUCUGCCCGGGGGGAUGCGGGAACUGCCAGCGCCGGCAGCGGGGCGGCCCCCGCAGCCCCCAGGCCCUUCCCCUCGGGGGUGAUGCGCAUCCCGGCCGGGGCAGGGCGGUACCGGCGGGGCGGUGCCCGUGCCCGGGGCGGGUCCCGGGGCUGGGCGAAGCAGAGCCCAUCGGGCAGCGCGGCCGGUCCCAUGGGAGCCCGGGGGUGGCAGCGGGCCGGUGGAUGCCCAUGGCUUUCAGCCCGGGGCUGCUGGUGGUGGCCGGCUCCUUCGCCGCUUUCCGCCUGCUGAACCGGGGGCUGGAGCGGCUGGUGCCGCCGCCACCCUCGGCCCGGCGCAACCGCUGGAAGUGGCGCAACAUCUGGACAUCGCUGGCGCACAGCGUGCUCAGCGGCGGCGGGGCGCUGGCCGGGUUCUACCUCCAUCCCGAGAUGUCCAAGGACCUGGUGGGCACACACCCGCCCGGGGCGCACAGCCUGGUCGCCGUGUCUGUAGGUUAUUUCCUUGAAGACUUUGUGGACAUGUUGUGCAAUCAGAAACUUCACCAAUCUUGGGAGCUGCUCUUCCAUCACUCUGUGGUGAUUGUUUGCUUUGGAAUUGCUGUGCUGCUCCAUCAGUACGUCGGCUUUGCCCUCGUGGCUUUGCUGGUGGAGAUCAACUCCAUCUUCCUCCACCUGCGGCAGAUCCUUCUCAUGGCCAACCUGGUGCACACCACCUGCUACCGCCUCAACAGCAUCGUCAACCUGGGCACCUACGUGGUGUUUCGCAUCGCCACGCUGGCCUGGAUGACCCGCUGGCUCUUCCUCAAUCGACAGAACGUGCCCCCAGCGACGUACGCGGUGGGCACGGUGGGCAUGGCAAUCAUGACACCCAUGAACAUCAUCCUCUUCUACCGCCUGCUGCGGAGUGACUUCCUCAAAUCCAGCCGGGACGUGCAGCGGGAGAAGGAACAAUAGCCCCCCCCUUCCCUGCGGGGUCAGGGGGAUGAGCUGCUCUGAACCCACAGCAAAGCACAGCGGAGGGUGAAUGUGGCUGUUUCAAUACCUUGUGUGGAGGGUCUGCACUAACAGAGCAUCCAGGCUUUUCUUGUGGCUGAAGGUUCUGGGCCCUGCACGACAGAGAAGGUGCUCAUGGAACAGGCACUGUGGCUCUGCUCCCCAAAGACCUUUGGAUGACGUGGUUGAACAAGUGGGAGCUGCUCAGAGAAGCCUCGACAGCUCUCACAGCUCCCCGGGGCACCACUGAGAUGAGAAGGGAGCAGUGGAGCACUGUUUCCUCACUGCUCCUCUGGACAUCCAGACACCACAGUGUGUUUCUAACCCCGUCAGUGCUGCAGCCCCCAGCAUCCCAUCAGUCACAGGACACUGCAUCCUUUGUGGCACUUCCCAUGGGAGCACCACCAGGAAAGAAGGCCUUCGAGGCCAGUAAAAGCCAAAUCCUGCACUGAUGGACCCUCCCCGAGGAGAUUGUCCCAGGUGGGUGAUGGAGGGAGAGGCUGAGACCUGGCUGGGUGGGCUGCUGCCCACGGUGGUGUCCAGGUCAGGGGGAAAACACUGGGCAGUGGGUGCUACAGCACCACCCUCUCAUGAAAACUGGAACAUUUUUCAUGUUGUUUUGUCUCACAUAGUUGAAGUGCCCUUAAACAAGCUUGGGAGAGUGCAAGUUGCUGGAAGGAUGAUGUUAUGUGAUGGUCACUUCCCACAGAUGUGGAGUUUUCAGGCAUAGGCACCUUUAGGAUUUAGACAUCUGUUAGGAAUGACAAGUUGUGCUGCAGAGCCCAACACUUACCCACCAGCAAAGGCUCUUACUAACACCAGCUUUUAAUAAAUGGCUGUAAAUGAAAUGGCUUGAGGGGAAGGGACUUAGAGGAAAAAAGGACUCAGCAUCGCAGCCCACUCCAGGGGUGUCACUGCUCAGCACAGUCCUUAUCCCAUGUCUCCUUGCCAUGGAGGGAAAAUACACUGCACACUGGCACACUCUA